AUGGCGGCAUUGGCGUUAGGGUUCAAACUGACCGAUUGGGAGGAAGUGACGGAACGUUGUCACAUCCGUCAGGCAUCGCGGGUCUACCGGAGAGGUAUGAAAUAUGUCGGUGCCGGGCAGCUGGUUUUCUUGGGUAACGCAAUGCCUGGUGGUGUGUUACUCUACUUUUGCGGUGAGUUUGUUUGCGGUGGCCUUCUCGGGGGCUUGGGGCAAUUCAGAUUGGGGAUCUGGUGAGUGCCUUUCGGGCGGGUGUUCGGGGUUCUACACUCGGUUGUCAAAAAAAAAAAGCUAUAUUCCCUGCCGGGGCCAGGGGUAUGCCCGGCGUCAAGCGCAUCACGCUACUUGGAGCUUCGCCCGGGCAUCCCGGGUGGCUUACUGGUAAAAGGGGACGGAUCGGCGCUGUCCCGAUUCAAUUCCCGCAGGGGUUUGUUCGGAGGGGUUUGACAAUGUUGGAUUUGGAUCCAGGGCACUUUGGGGUCCAUUCUUCCCGGAUAAUGGCGGCGACAGAGGCAUCCCGUCUGGUUUUAAGUGAGGACCUGGGGAAACGUUUAGGCAGGUGGGAGUCAGUACGGUUUAAGUCCUGUUUACUGCCGGUCUAUUUGGUUUAAUGGCUAUGGACGUAUGGGUUUGUGUUUGGGGCUAUGCCUUGUCGCUAAUUACUUUCAUUUCAGGUUUGGUGACAUGGUUGGUGGGCCACUCUUACAUCUAAGGGGUGCAGAAGGGGUCAAGCGAAACUGGGUUUCCUUUGGAAUUGGUGGAGCUGGAGUGGUUUUGGUUUUCAGGGGGUUUUGGUGGCAAGGCAUAAGUGGAGAAAAUUUUCUGGAAGGUAACAAGGGGUACUGUCCAGGACAUUCUGGUAAUCCGCAAGGGCGGGAAGGAUAUCGGUAUGGUCCCGGAAAAGGAACUGAUCAGGUGGAGGCAGAGGGAGGUGGACCGGCUAUGGCAGCUGGCCACAGGUGAGGUGGUGGUGCGGUCCGAGAUGGUUCCUCGGUUACAUUGGAGACAUAGUAGGUACGCGGCCGCGGUGGCUCGAUGUCGAGGACGAAUUAAUAAAAAAUUGAUGGCGGUAUUUAUCAGAUGUGGGGGCGGUGUAACUGUGAGACACAACAAAUUGGGAGGCAAGCUCCCUGGGUACUCCAGGGGGAUGGGGUAAGUUUUUGGAUGUAAGGUGUGCUCUGUUUAAAUUGGGCCUUCAGCAAGGCAUUCAACAGGCCUUAUUCCGGUGUGGUGGGGGUCGCUCAGGAGCUUUAGGUGUCAAGUCCUGAGCUGUGGCGGGGAAUGGCCUGGUUAAAUCAGAGGGUAGAUGGAGGAGAAAGUGGGCAUCCUGAGGUUUAGUGUGGAUUGGGCAGUGUUGCACAUGGUUGGUAGGUUCGAGCCCGUUGGUGGCUCCGAACCUGGGGGUGUGGUGGUGUCUUGGUACACCCUACACUGGAACUGGUGGGUAGCGGUGUCUUGGUACACCCCUACAAUGAAUAUGGUGGGUAGCGGUGUCUUGGUACACCCCUACAAUCGAUAUGGUGGGUAGCGGUGUCUCUGUACACCCCUACAAUUUAACCUGGUGGAAAUGUGGUCAUAUUGGGCAGCCAGUUUCUGUAUUAACAUGUUAUUUAGAUUGUUAUCUAUUGUUAUUAUUGUGGGGUCAUUGCUAGGGGUAUGUUAUGUAUAUGGGGGGAUGUUAACUUUAAUAAGAUUUGUUGGCAAUGACCCCAUUUGUUAUUCCUUAAUUAUUUUAUUAAUAAUUUAAUAAAGCUGUGGACUAAUUAUUUCCAACAGUAUAACCUGGGUCCGUGUUUUAAUGGGGGUUUGGGUAAGGUUAGCGCAUAUGCCGGCAAAUCCGACUGUGCGCCUGUCAAGGGUUUUGUAAAUAAACAUUUAUAUGUAUUGCAACAAAAACAGAGAAUAUGAGAACUCAGUGAACGGACAAAAGCUUACAGAAACCUAGCUUGCGUUUUGGUUAGUCCCCGCUCAGGGUUAAAACCAAUGCCAUUUGCAUAUCAGACGGUUCUUUGUCAGUGAGGUGCAGCUGAUACCCCACUAGGCACAGUGGGCAGGGGGUUCAUGUCUGGAUUAAUCGUUUAACUUAGGGGAACCUACGUUUAUUUGGUGUUUAUCUUGGCUUCCUGCUAUCAAAGCUCUACUUUUAGAUGACCUGCUCGUCCUGCUGCGGAAAAAGAGAAAUAAGAUGGUUCUUAAAUGUAAGGAAGAACGGGAUCCCAACACCAAGACAAAGAAAGUGUUCAGUCCUGUCAUCAAACUGAACAAUCUGUUAGUCCACACUGUAGCAACAGGUAACCCGCCACUCUCUCCUGGAAUGGGGUAAAAUCUGUGAAUAGCUCGUUUCACCAGGGUCCUCAUCAUUCUAUUGUUCCUGUAACAUUUUGUAAUUUUCUAAUUUAUUGUUAAAUUUCCCCCUAUUAUAAUAUUGUAAAGCGCUGAUGAAAAAGUUGAAGAAAUAUAAACGCUAAUAAUAAUAAAAUAGAAGUAAUAAAUGGGAUGAUAAAAUGGCUGUGAUUGUAACGCUUUCUAUAUUUGAUGAUAGAAACCUAUAUUUAUAUUAAUAGAUGCUGGGGAAUAACAGGGAAUGAAAUCUUUAACGAACAUCUAAAAUGUAGAUUACCUCGGAGUAAAUAAAUACUAUACGAUUCAUUUAAAAACAAAUAACUGAAAUCUGUAAAAAAUACAUAUAGAAACAUUAAAAUGCUAGGAAUACGGUAUUAUACAUAUAAAGUUGGGGAUAAUGAUCCCCAAAAUAGGAGACUUUCAUGCUCAGUGUUUCUCUUUUCAAUCUGCUAAUUUAACUCUUCUCCUGGAAUCCUGUGUUUAUUCCAACAGAUCUGGGAUCAUUCUUGGUCAUGGAUACGUCAGAGUCACCCCAGCUGUAUGAAUUCACCACAACCUUGACCUCCGAGAAAAAGUAAAAAUGACUGGCAAUCACUUUUAGAUCAUUUAAUAAUCUAUAUCAAUUGUUUAAAGGCUCUAUUGCUGUAACUGGGUUUAUAUAUAAUAUUGUAUAUAUCAAUAUAUAUAAUAUCCCAAUAAUAUCUGUAAUGGAACGCCUGCCACCCCGACUGGGUGCCUCCGUCAGAAGAUGCUCCUAGUGCUCGCCAAGGACCAUCAGCCCCGCACUUGACACAACAACCACCGCCAACCCCACGAACUGCCAUAGCUUGGUUGAGGUUUCGCCACCCUACACCCACCCUGGACACAAGACCGGGCUCCAGCUUUCAGUGGGUGAAUCUCUCCUAAGUCCAGAGAGCAGGAACCAGGAACAAGAACAAGCUCUUGCAAGAGCUUACUCUGGGGAGUAUUGUGAUAUAGCAAUCCCCAGAGUGUAGGCAAUUCUCCAAUCCCCCAAACAUGAGCCAAGACUUCAUAAGGGGAUGAAAGCAGGUCUGUUUAAUGCACACAAAAGGACUUUCUUUUAUACAGGUUUUCAAGCCAGAGGCACACACCCUGGACCUGGUGGUAAACUGUGACAAAAGGGACACAAACCAAUGGGAACACUAAUUAACAAAAUAGCACUCCCACACACACAGUAAAAUCCCUCCCCUCUAUCCUGGAGAUAAUUGGCUUAAGGAACUGCAGUAAACUUAAUUAUCUCCAGGUACAGAAAAUAUCUAAAUUUUACACUAACAGUAAAAUACAUAAAAAUACAUAAUUCCUAUUAUAUUACACACAACCCCCACAUUUAACCUAUCCCCAGAUAGCUCGGAUUUGAGCACACAAUAUCGGUGAACAGCGCUCAGAUCCCACGAACAGAGUAAAUUUGCCAUGGGGUUAAAGUUUUGCCAGGGCUGUUGAGAGAUUGAGGAGGGACAAUGGGAUUAUAUGGGAUUCUAUAGAGUGAAUCUCAAUAUAUAGAAUUAUAACGGAAUUAUAAUCUGCUAUAAUCUUCUUGCAAACAGCUGUAUUGAGACGGUUGAAGAACCAGUAUACGAGGUGAUUGAUGAACCAUCUGGGGACGAGGAAAUAAAAGAUGAAAUACCCAGAGUUACAGUAGUUAUCCCUGACAGGUGAGCUAAUGAAGCGGGAGAGGGGUGGGGGGUUGGGGGGACUAUUACUGUAACAGACUUAAGUUAUAGUUCUUGUUUAUGGGAAAAUGGAAAAGGACCCUCAAAGUAGAAAAAGAAUGGACCCCUAAAGGGACACUAUAGUCACCAAAACAUCUUUAGCUUAAUAAAGCAAUGUAGCUGUAUAGAUCACGGUCACACUCUAAAUUUGUUUAUCAAAACGUUAGUGCUGUUUACUUUGGCAUUCUUUAUUAACAGCCUGUCUGUUAUUAGCCUAAUAUAUUCCUGUGUUUAUGUUACCCUCUCACCAGUGAUUUUGGUUAUCGCUCCCCCUCCUUCCUGCGUUUAAGUCUCUAUGACACUGUAUUUUUAUAUUGCAGCAAAUUCAGACUCUGCAAAGAUUGCUGUUGGAAUGGACUCUGUGACUGUUUAAAAAUCUGCUGGUAAUGAGAUAAGAAACUAAUUGCUUUGUAUCUGUACUCUGGAUUUCCAUCUGUUGCAUGUACUAUGUAAAGAGUUAAUAACACCAUGUGACUCACCCCCCCCCCUUCAGUUUAACCCAUUUGUUGUGCAUCUCACUAACCAAUUCUUCAUCCAACAGCUCACUCACCAUCUUUCACAGAUCGCUUGCAGAUUGUUGCACAGCUUUGUAUAACGUUAAAUAAGAAAAGAUUAUACUCUUCUUUAUUUAUUUAUAAAAUAUUUAUUUAUUUAUAAAAUAUUUUACCAGGAAAGAUACAUUGAGAUUUCUCUUGUUUUCAAGUAUGUCCUGGGUCCACAAAUCAUUGCAUUGUUACAUUAGGGUGCAAUAAAAUACAAAAACAAUAUUAAUACACAAUAAAUACAAAAUUUAACAUAGAACAGGUAGGAAAUAUAUAAUCAACCAUGACAGGUGCAUUCUGUUUUGAGGUAUGUAGAGAGGGAUCUCUUAAAGGACUUUAGGCUUAGGGAAGAUUUUAAAUUGUGCGGGAGGUCGUUCCACAAUUGCGGCGCUCUGUAGGAGAAGGAGGAUCAGGCUGCUUUCUUUUUGUAUUGAGGUUGACUAAAUAAAGUGCUGGUACUGGAUCGGAGGUUAUAGAAGGUGGGAACAGCCGAGGAAAGCAUUGUGUUCAGGGUGGGAGUUUCCCAGAAAAGCUCUUAAACACAAGGCAGGAAAGAUGAAGGGUGCGUCUGGAUUCCAGCGACAGACAGUUUAGUUCUUUUAGCAUGUCACAAUGGUGAGUCCUGUAAUUAAAUUGUAGCACAAAUUGGCAGAACGAGUUAUACAAUGUGUUGCGUUUAUUAAUGUGGGAUUGCGAUGCAGAUGCAUAUAGUACAUCCCCAUAAUCAAUGAUUGGCAUCAGCAUUUGAAGUACAAUCUUUUCCUUUACUGUAGGGCUUAGGCAGGAUUUGUUUCUGUACAGGGCACCUAGUUUUGGAUAAAGUUUAGAUGCACGUUUUUCUAUGUGGAGGCCAAAAGAUAGAUUGGGGUCUAACAUCAUUGUGGCGAAACCAACCUCGCCACUGUACACUGGAGAAGCCUGGUUACUCGUCUGCUGCCUUUGGACUAUGGCCUAUGGCCCCAUGUUAAAAGACAUCUUUUUUCCCUGCAGAAAAGACUUAUUCGUGCUUUUCUGCCGGGUGUUCGGUAGAUUCAAUCUACCGAACAACCGCACGAAUGAAUAGACCACCUGGGAGCUGGAGUGUGCCGGCAAUUAACGUCCCUGAAGCUGCGGUUAACCGCAGCUUAAUUGACGAAUGCUGGGUGGCCGCCAUUCGUAUCACGAACACGAGGUCGCGGCCAUUUUAAACAUGCGAAUGCACAGCGGUGUUCGACGCUUAAUUCGUGGAACUGAAGUCGGACACAGUUUUGCGCGAACACCGCUGAAGCCGCCGACCUCCCCUCUUGUUCGGUGAAAGUGCACGAAUGGCCCGGUGUUCGGUAGUUUUGUUUGAGUGUGUUGUGCCUCAGAUAGGAAUCCCAUGGAGCCCAUUCGCAUGAAACUGACCGUGUAAAGACUUUGGCUCCAUGGCGAUUAAACUGUAUUCGUGUGGUCUGAGCACCAUUAGCUUAAUAAUGUGCGCUCAGAUCUGAGCUAUCUGGGCAUAUGUAGAAUGUUUAUGUUUUCUGUACUGAAUGUAACUGUAAGUAAUUUUAUGUCUUUUACUGUUUGUUUUCUGCCAUGUGGUUAAUGGAGUUUUGCCUCUGUCUUUGGAGAUAAUUGAAUUACUUCCCAAUUAUCUCCAGGGCAGAGAGGAGGGAUUGUGAUGCAUUGUGGGAUGGUUGAAAUGUGUAAGUCUGUAAAUGGUCCUUUUACCCUUUGUGUCCCAGUCUCCCAUUUGGUCCCCUAGGGGAGUGUCCACCAGGUGGGAGACCUGCAUAAAAGCCGGGCAGUUAGCCCCAGUAAUCAGUUCCUGCUUACCCCUCAAAGUGAACUGUCGUCUCAUUAUUGGGGGAGGAUUUACUGUAUGCUGUUAGAGACUGAUUGCCAAGAGUGUAAGCCUCUUGGGGGCUUUUCCUGUUCGUCUGCUAGCAGCUAUUCGUGUGUCUCCAGUUCGGGAGUUUCGAGUAUUCCCUGGGUUGCAGUUCAGGAGUUGGUGAAUUCGUGGGUUUGCAGUUCAGGAGAUUGGUGCUUGCAGUAGCUGUCGGUGCAGCUGAAAAAGGGGAAUAUUGCCUAAACGGUUUUUAACCUCUUUUGGGCAAAACGGUCCGUUACAAUCAUACCAAAGUAUUUGAAAGAGUGGACUGCGGUCAGUGUGCCAUUUGAAUUUGUUUUGAUGGAUAGGUGGGAAUUGUGUAAUUUGUGUAAUUUAGAUACUGUUCCAAAGAUCAUUGUGACAGUUUUGACAGUGUUCAGAGUUUGUUUUUUGCGAUCCACUUUUCUACCUCUGUAAACUGGUCUUGGAGCACAGCCUCGAGUUGUGCUCCAAGACUCAUCUUAUCAUUACGCCCACCUGUCCGCACUCUCUCCAUUCAGCCUGCCAUGUCUCUUACAGCAUUCUGGUUUAGAGCACUGUAGAAGAACUGUUAAAUAAAUAAAUAAAUAGAAAUGUGUGAUCUCACAGAUAUUAUAAUCUUCUUCAAACAGCUGUAUGGAGGAGCCAGAAGAAAGAGUGGCGAUUUAUGAACCAUUUUGCAAGACAGAAAUAAAAUUUAAAACACCCGAUGUCCCAGUAAUUCCCCCUGAGAGGUGAGAUGUUAGUGAAGCUGAUGAAAGUUAGUGAAGGAAACAUCUCAGUGCUUCAUAGUGUCCAUGCUGGACCAUUUCUCUCUAUGGGAUUCUAUAGAGUGAAUCUCGAUAUAUAGAAUUAUAACGGAAUUAUAAUCUGCUAUAAUCUUCUUGCAAACAGCUGUAUUGAGACGGUUGAAGAACCAGUAUACGAGGUGAUUGGUGAACCAUCUGGGGACGAGGAUUAA